CGUCAUUUCUGCAUCCCUCCUUGCUUCUUCGUUAAAUGCUCAUCGCAGCAUGGCGAGGACAUACACCCUCUACAACUUACGCAUCAUCUUGGUGUUGACCCUGGGAAGUCUUACCUUUGGGUACGGCUUCUCGGUCAUCUCCAACACCAUUGGGCAACCAGGCUUCAUUUCGUACUUCAACCUUGGUAACAACUCGGACUAUGACAAUGCCAUCACUGGUACGAUCAAUGGCCUCUACUGCGCCGGCGCUCUCUUCGGGGCUUUGCAUGUGGGCUGGAUGUGCGAAGCUCGUGGUCGAAAGGAAACCAUGUACCUGGCCUGCGUGGUCAACGUUGUUGGCGGGGCUCUUGAGACUGGCUCAGUCAACAUGGCCAUGUUCCUGGUAUCACGCUUCAUCUCUGGAUGGGGCAUUGGAAUGAUGGUGGUGUUGAUCCCGAUAUAUCAAGCUGAAAUAUCGCCGCCAAAUGCCCGAGGAUUCCUCGUCGGCCAGCAUGGGACCUGGAUCGUUCUGGGCUAUGCCAUUGCUGGGUGGGUGGGUGCUGGAACCUACUAUUCCACCAAUCUGGCCUUCCAAUGGCGAUUUCCAAUCGCUUUGUCCAUCCUGCCACCCCUGGCGCUGGCACUGUGUGCACCUUGGAUUCCAGAAUCACCGCGUUGGCUUCUUACCAGAGACCGACGAGAAGAAGCCUGGGCAAUCGUCAACCGACUGCAUGGCGGUGCCGUUUCCAACCCAAAUGGGCUCCAGUAUGCUCGUGAAGAGUUUUUCCAGAUGACUGAACAAGUCCGAGUCGACGGCGCAGCAUGGAAGCAAGGCGGUUGGCGCGGAAUGCUCACCAAGAAGUCGUAUCAAAAACGGUUUUGGAUGGGGUUCUUCAUCCAGUAUGCUGCACAAUCCACUGGAGCUCAAGUGAUAUAUGUGUACAUUGUUUCACUGUACCAGAAUCUAGGUCUUACCGGCGGGGUUCCGUUGAUUCUUGGGGCGGCAUAUGUCACGGUAGCAACCAUAUCCAACUUCAUCGGAGCUCUCCUCCUUGACAGAGUCGGACGAAAGCCACUUCUCAUCGCCGGGCUCAGCGGAUGCAUGCUGUCGGUCUGUUUGGAAACAGCGAUGAUUGCAGAAUAUGCUGGUACAACAAACAAGGCUGGCCUUUCGAUGGGUGUCUUCUUCUCGUUCUGUUUCAUCAGCUUUUACGGAGGUGGUAUUGAUGUGGUGGGCUAUGUUUAUUGCUCGGAGAUCUUCCCCACCCAUAUCCGAUCGCAAGGCGUAGCCUGGUCGCUUGCAGGAACAUUCCUGUCUACGUUGGUCUAUGUUGAGGCUGCUCCCACCGCGCUGGCAAAUAUUAAGUGGAAGUAUUACAUUAUUUUCGUCUGCUUGACGUUUGUCAAUAUUUUGAUCUUCUAUUUCUGGUGUCCCGAGACUAAAGGCCUCUCCCUGGAAGAAAUCAAUGCGCUAUUCGGCGACGAAGUAGUGGUCCAUUUCGCGGAUGCAACAGAAAAGCAGAAGCACGAAUUGGCGGCGAAAAUGCAGGCAGAGGACGAGCAACGCGAAUACCAUUCAAAGCGUGGCGAGGGCGAAAUCACCACGACUGCGGCUAUGAAGGCUUAAAAAAAGGUAAUGAUACGAGAAGUCACACGAGCUGGACUCAAGACUUUCGUCUCGGGAGGUUUGGGAAAGUCUGGGGGUCAUAGAGAGAGCCUGAGAAGCUUCUACUAGUAAUCAACAGCGCUGAUCGUCGUACCA